CAGUGCUCUAAAUGAAAUAACUGUGUCUAGCGUCUGCAGUGAAAGAGAGAGAGAGAGAGAGGGAAGGAGAGAAACAGAUUCUGAAAGAAGGCUAUGGCUUCUGCUUUUAUGUGUGGCAUGGAGGACCUGCUUUUUAGUGGAAGCCGUUUUGUGUGGAACUUGACAGUAACAACUUUAAGACGGUGGUAUUCUGAGAGGCUGAGAACAUGUCAGCAAAUUGUAAGAACAUGGUGUGGACUCAGGGACAUUUAUCAGAUGACAGAAGGCAGACAUUGUCAGGUUCACCUCCUGGAUAACAGAACACUAGAGCUGCUAGUUCAGCCAAAACUUUUAUCUCGGGAACUAUUGGACCUAGUUGCUUCUCAUUUCAACCUCAAAGAAAAGGAAUACUUUGGUAUAACUUUUACAGAUGACACAGGUCAAUGCAUCUGGUUACAGUUGGAAAACCGUGUUCUUGAACAUGAUCUGCCUAAAACAUCUGGACCAGUAGCCCUAUACUUUGCAGUCAAGUUUUAUAUUGAAAACAUUGCAUUCCUGAAGGACAAUGCAACUGUGGAACUAUUUUUUCUAAAUGCAAAGUCUUGCAUUGACAAGGGCACCUUAGAGGUUGACAGCCAGAAAGCCUUUACUCUGGCAGCAUAUGUUAUCCAGGAAUCCAAAGGAGACUACACAAGUGAUGAAACUGUAAGAAUCGACUUGAAGAAAAUUCCUGCGCUGCCCACCAAGGCAUUACAGGAGCAUCCUUCCCUGGCAUACUGUGAGGAACGAGUGAUUGAAUGUUAUAAAAACCUCACAGGCCUAACAAGAGGACAGGCUAUUGUUCAGUAUAUGACAAUUGUGGAAGCUCUUCCAACAUAUGGUGUACAUUACUACAAAGUGAAGGAUAAACAAGGACUCCCGUGGUGGCUUGGAAUCAGUUACAGAGGUAUUGGGCAAUAUGAUUUGCAGGACAAGAUUAAACCAAGGAAGUUUUACCAGUGGAAGCAGUUAGAGAAUUUAUAUUUCCGUGAGAAGAAGUUUGCUGUUGAAGUCAAUGACCCCCGCAGAGUGUCUGUGUCAAGAAGAACCUUUGGGCCAAGUGGGCUGGCUGUGCACACAUGGUAUGCAAGCCCUUCCUUGAUCAAAUCCAUAUGGCUCAUGGCAAUUAGUCAGCAUCAGUUUUACUUGGACAGGAAGCAGAGCAAAGCAAAAAUUCCAUCAGCAAGGAGCCUUGGAGAUAUUGCCAUGGAUUUAACUGAGCUGGGAACACCAAAGCCUGUCAUACUGCCAGCUGUAGGGACCAAAAACCAACUUAUUAUGGCAAGCAAUGGAAGCCUGAUCUCUUCAGGCUCCCAGGAAGAAUAUGAGAUAAGUGAAGAGCAAAGAAAGGAAAAGCUUGCCAAACUUAAAAAAAAGGAAGCAGCUUUACAAGAACUUCUUGCUCAGAAGCUAGAAGAACUAAAACAAAUCUGUUUACGUGAAGCUGAGCUGACUGGAAAAGUACCAAAAGAAUAUCCACUGGGUGAUAGGGAGAAACUUCCUCAGAUUAGACGCCGCAUAGGCACAACUUUUAAAUUAGAUGACAGUCUUCUGGAAAGUGAAGAGGAUCCGCAACUGCAAAGUCUUGAAAACAGUUUUGCUAUACAGCAGAAAUUGGUAGAAGCUGCAAAAAAACUUUUAUCAGAGCCCGACCUUUGCAAAAAUGUAAAGAAGAAGAGAAAGCAUGACUAUGCUGAUGCCGUGAGGAAGCUAAGAGAGAUUGAAAAUUCUAUUAAUGAAUACAGAAUGCAGGGCGGCAGAACACCUGUGCAGAGAGGUUCACCCAUUCCAUCAGAUGAUCUCAUUCCAUCUGAGAGCAGUUCCUUGUCUGACACGUUUCUUGAUGAAGAUGAUUCACAUGGCAAGCAGAGACAAAGAUCUGCCACAAUUCAGCAAUCUCCUAGACCACAUCCACCCCAGUUUCUCAAAAUUGAGCAGCAUCACCGGAGGAGGGCUUCUGCCGGUGAGCAAAUCACGGAUAGAGAGCAGUUAAGGUAUGGGAACAGCUCUUACAAAGAACCAUUAUCAGCGCAACCCAGUCCUUUCAAAACUCAGGAAAGACAGUCCCCUGUUGGAAGAAGUAUGCCAACAACACCAGUUUUGACACGCAAUGCUUAUAGCAGUAGCUAUAUAUGGAUGAAUGUCAGGAAUGAACAGCAGCACUGCAGGCAGCGUAGUGGAAGUUUUGAGUCGCAGACUCAGCUUUUGCCUGACACACCCAGUGAUAAGCCAGUGUUUACGAUCUCGGAUAUUAAGAGAAGCAGCAGUACUGAGGUGCUAGAUGAUAGGUCUUCCUGUACAAGUCAGUCAAGUUCAGAAUAUUACAGCACAGUCUCUAAACCAGCCCAGUGGUAUUCUACUCGAACAGUAGACCGGGCAAAUAGGAGAAGGCAUAAAAAACAAAACUUUUCGGCUUCAAAUUCUGGAAGCAUGCCAAAUUUGGCACAAAAGGAUUUAAGGAAUGGAAUUUACCAAAAUGCACAGAACUGUCCUGUCUCCAGUUAUUAUGUGUCAGGUUGCACAUCAUACACAGAUAGUGACCGUUAUAGUAAUGGAGGUUAUGUCUAUGAAAAUGAUACAGAAGGACAUUACAGUGUUAAUCCGUCAUAUAAUUCUUCUCCAUACUGUGGAUAUGAUGGUUACAGAGACUUUUAUAGAGAUGAACUUGACACUUUACCUCAACAUCCUUAUGCAACUAUUAGGCCUUCAAGGAAGGCUGGUUCUAAAGUGGAAAAUAUUACCAAAAACAUUCAAAAAGCCUUGGUAGCAGAACAUUUGAGAGGGUGGUAUCAGCGUGCUGCUAGUCACAAGGACCUCAGUCGUAGUCUGCAGGCAGACUUUGACCUUCACCGUGGUUCACAGAACAGCUUGAGUUUAAGUGGAUUUCAAGUCCAACUCUCUCCAACCAGCAGAACAACUUCAUAUGGCUCAGUGUGUUCAUCAACCAGUGCAGCAAACCGAAGAAGUCAGCCAGCUGCAGUCAGUGUGGAUUAUUGCAUGCCAGCCCAGCAGUACAGCAACUAUUAUGAGAACUGCAGUAGCACUCCAGUGCACAGCAGAUCACACAUGGAGCAAUUUUAUGUGGAAAGCACAGAUGAGAGUCAGUUGGAAGAUAGCUUUCAAGACAGCGAACAACAGUUAUUGUGGCAUGAAGAUUCAAAACCCGGAACAUUAGUUUAAGUGACUGUUGUGGAAUCUGUGCUCACAUUCUACACUGUUUUUCUGUGCGUGCCUUUUUUUGGUAUGCUCACUCUUCUGUAGCUCUUUAUUUUUCCCCUGAAUUUCACUAGUGCUUUUUAAAAGUAAUAUUUUCUUUAAAAAUGUCCAUUUUAUAAAACCUUUUUAUGCACUAGCAUAUAAAAAUGCUACAUGUGCUAUCACAAGGCAGUGAUGUUCAGUGUUUGCAUUCUAGUGAGCAAUCCGUCAAAGCACUAGCAUCACAAGCUUGUGAUAAUGCGUAUGAAAUGGCACUUGGUUCAUUAUACUUUUUUACUUAUGCAUUACUAUGCAGAAAUGGAAAAACACAAAGUCAAAACAAUGCUGUGAAUUAACUCUGAAAAACGAAAAAUGAAAGAAUAUAUUGCUUAAUCAGCGGCACAUAAGAUUUGCCGAACAGUGUGCCUCUGAUUAAGUGUUUCUGGGAAUAGGACAGUGCUUUUGCAACAGAAGCUGCACAGACAUCUUUUUUUUUAUAAAUCCUCCUUGGUUUUGUAUUUCUAUAUGACCUGUCCUUUGAUGUUUAAUAUUUCAUGUAAAAACAUGAAGUACAUUUCUAAGUUCCCUUGAACACACUUUAAGUGUGGGAAUAAUGUAAAUACCUAACCUACUACCUGUCAAGCUACCACACUUGAUGCUUGUCAUUCGUGAUCAACCAACUUAUGUGUGAUAUUCCAGCGGUUGCUUUUGAGACUAGGCAUGUCAUACAGUGGAAGUUUGCACAAGUUAACUUCUUUAGCUAGCCUAGACUAACACUUUCUUGCAAAAAUAAUGCAUUUCAUUUUGUUUAAACUCUGAUACAUCUGAAGUUUCUAAUAUAAAAUACAAGAUUUGUGAUUUUACUGUAGUGCCUGCCAUUUUUACAUUGACAGUUUUAUUACAUUCUCCUAAACAGACCACAGCAAAAGCACAGCCCUGUUUAUGACUGCUGGAAAAACUGUUUCACAUGUACUGAUGAAGGAUGUAGGUUUGUAAGACUAGAAAUGUCGUAGAUAUUUCCACGUAAAACUACCUUUUAUUACUUUGGUCAUCUGCAUGUUUUAUGACAAGUUCCAGUAAACUAGAAAAUAAUUGUAUGAUUCUUCCAUGACAGAGAUAACAUUUAAUUUUUUAUUACCAUCAGUUUUUUAAAAAAAAUAACAAUAUUCAAACCAGGUAUUUGACAUCAAAUGUUAGCAGAUGUACCAUAUAUAAUGGAAGUGCUCCAGCUAAUGCAGGUGUCUAUUGAAAGCACUGCAGGUUGCAACAAAUGUACAAUAAUCAGGGACAUUGCACAAACAUCUUGGAUGAAUUUCUGUCUGAAUAGUUGUAAUCUGUUUUUUUUUCAACUGGUGUGUUUUAAAUAUCAGAUAUUGUGAAGCCAUAUUGUUGCUUUUAGAAUUAACAGUAUUUAAACAAGAUACAAAAAUUGCUAGACCCAUUUAGUGCCUUCAUAGUUGGGCAUUAAAACCCCAAGGGCAUAAUUUCUUUUAGCAACACUUGCAGUGUAUAUCUUGUCAGGAUAAAGAAAUCAUGAAAAUUACCUAUAGCAUAGAGGUUGUGAUGCAAAUUACACAUGAGGGUUCUGCUACCUCAUUUUGAUGAAACAUUCAGUUAUGUCCAACUGGAACACGCUGGUUUCAAAAUAAGUCUUACUUUUUACAGGUUAUGAAUUGUAGCUAUUUUAUAUUAUUAAUCUAAAUGAUAUUCAUUUCCUUACUAUCUUGUACUUCCCAUGCUGGAAUUCAUGGAAAGGUGCUCUUUAUUUCAUUCUUGAGGAGACUGUUACAUUUUGUAUAUAUUGUAAGUAGGAAUGUUGCAGACAGCUUUUUGUUCCAAAGCAUGAACUUACUGUAUAUAUCAGAUACAGUAGAUUUAAUUUUGUAAGCUGGUCCUUAGUCAUUUGUAUCUUUCAAGGAACUUGUAGUAGAUUAUUUGAAUAUGGCUUUUAAUUUAUUCCUUUUUGCAUAUUUGUACAGUUUAUGUAAAAAAAAAAAAGACUGUGUGCAUUCUGAUAUGGUGCCUGAUUUUAAAGGCCUGUAUUGUACAGGUCAAUAAACAAAGUGUGAUACCA